GGCCGGGCAGGGAGCUGGGAGUUGUGGGCGGGGCUGAGAGAGAGCGCGACACACUGGAGAGAGAAGCCCGAGGAGUCGCACUAUGGGCAGCAACGACAUGAUGGGAACCGCCGAGGACUUCGCGGAUCAGUUCUUACGGGUCACCAAGCAGUACCUCCCACACGUGGCCAGACUGUGUCUCAUCAGCACCUUCCUGGAAGAUGGAAUCCGAAUGUGGUUCCAGUGGAGCGAACAGAGAGAUUAUAUCGAGGCCACAUGGAGCUGCGGCUACUUUCUAGCAACACUCUUUGUCCUCACCAACUUGCUGGGACAGUUAGGUGGCUGCAUCUUGGUUCUUAGUAGAAACUUUGUACAAUAUGCCUGUUUUGGUCUGUUUGGAAUUAUAGCAAUGCAGACAAUUGCAUACAGCAUCCUGUGGGAUCUGAAAUUCUUAUUGAGGAAUCUAGCUCUUGGGGGUGGAUUGUUGCUGCUUCUCGCCGAGUCCAGGUCGGAAGGUAAAAGCAUGUUUGCCGGAGUGCCCACCAUGGGCGAGAGCUCGCCAAAGCAGUACAUGCAGUUGGGGGGUCGUGUUCUCCUUGUACUCAUGUUCAUGACUCUUCUGCAUUUUGACGCCAGCUUCGUCUCGAUCCUGCAGAACAUCGUGGGCACGGCUCUGAUCAUCUUGGUGGCCAUCGGCUUCAAGACCAAGCUGGCGGCUCUGACCCUGGUCGUGUGGCUAUUCGCCAUCAACGUUUACUUCAACGCUUUCUGGACCAUCCCGGCCUACAAGCCCAUGCACGACUUCCUCAAGUACGACUUCUUCCAGACCAUGUCGGUCAUCGGAGGACUCCUUUUAGUCGUGGCUUUGGGGCCCGGUGGGGUCUCCAUGGACGAGAAGAAAAAGGAGUGGUAACACCAAACCCAUUGCUGCCUGCUAAAAAGUUCUGGUCAAACAUCUUCUCAGCCUCCUCUUCCUCCUCUAUUCCCGCCGAGAGUCUUGCAGAACUGUAUCCGAUUCACCGCCAAGAACUACACAUUAUGGGCCAGCCUUGGUUCUGCCCGAUUGGUGGCUUUCAUUCUGGAUGCUACUGGAUUUGUUCUCUGAUACUGAUUGGUAAAUGCAGUAAAAGUGAAUGGCGCUGGGAUGUUCUGACAUGAGCCGCCUGAUUCUACUUGUCAUUUCAUUAUUGGGUUUUUUUGGUACCGAGACAGAUGCUCCUUACCGUUAUAUAUAGCGCAGGUCCAUAAAUACGGUUCACUGCAUCAGGGCUAGUGGGCCGCCCAAAGAUUUCCAUUGACCUCAUUGGCUGACCUAAUCAUUUUCUUAUAACCUGGACACCAACAUGUAAUAUAAUAGAAAUCAUUGGCUGUUAAAGGGCCAGUAACACCAAAAAAAAAACCCAAAGGGGGAUUCUCAUACAUUUAAAUGCAUCUACACUAGGUAUGCACUGAAUCCAGGGUUCGGGUCUUUUUCUGCAGGAUUCGGCCGAAUCCUUGUGUGUGUGGCCGAACCGAAUCCUAAUUUGCAUAUGUAAAUUAGGUGUGAGAAGGGAAAUCACGUGACUUUUCAUUUCAAAACAAGAAAGUAAAACAUACUUUUUCCUUUCCCACCUCUAAUUUGCAUCUUCAAAUUAGGAUUCGGUUCAGUAUUCGGCCGAAUCUUUCAUGAAGGAUUUGGCCGAAUCCCAAAUAGUGUAUUCGGUGCAUCCCUAAUCUACACUGAUGUUUACAAAACACUGUGCAGGCCUACUUUAAAUAACAGACAAGCUAAUUAGAGUAAAACAGAGGAGUUUAUUAGAAUGAAGGGGGUUCAAAUAUUAUAAUUGAAAAGAAAAAACUCUCCUUGUACAAAACUUGCUGCCAAUAUAUAAAGUUUUUAUUAGCUGGUG